GCCUCAGGAGUCUUGUUCAAUGGCAUCACCAGGAUCGAUGGCUCACUGUCUGCUCUUCGGGCUGUCAAGUCGCAUAAUGUACGAUACAUGUGCCUUGCUGAUCCUGGAGGGAUGGCCACUGAAGCAGAAACUGAACACCAAUUCAAGGAGCGCAUUAGAGCGAACAAGGACGAUCGGCUAUUCCAGGGAAACGUUAUCCACCCACAGACGCCCCUGCGUCUGCUGCCCGACGAGGUAAAGCAGAAUCAAGUUGUAUACAUUGCUGGACGGAAACCAAAUAAGGCCCGGAACGUCGCUCAAUCGUACGGGUUCAAGAAGAUCGUAACUGGCGCAGACUUGCUGGACGAAAACUUGGAAUUGUUCCCGUUUGAUCCAUUGAAGGUUACGGGGAAGAAGGGUCGCACGAAGACCAAAGCACUACCUGACGGAACCUCAACCUUCAAACCUAGCACUAAGAACAAGAAACAAGAACCGAACCUCUUGAGGAACCUAAAGAUCGACCACAUUUUUAUCUGGAACGAGCCAAGGGACUGGUUCCUCGAGAUACAACUCAUUCUUGACAUGCUGAUAUCUCAGCAGGGCUACAUCGGUACCGUGUCCACCAAGAACGGUGACACCGGGCUGCCAAAUAACGGCUGGCUGCAGGACGGCCAGCCCAAAAUAUGGGCCAACGUCGAGGAUUUCGAAUUCGAGACAGCGUCAUACCACCUUCACCGCUUAGGCACUGGCGCGUUCCUGGAAGCCCUGAAGAGUGUCUGGCGGGCCAAGACGGGGUGCGAGGAACUAGAAUACGAACACGUCGGCAAGCUGUCCGGGAUGACCCUCGAGUACGCCCACGACCAGAUCCUCCGCGCAUACGCGCGUUGGAUGACCGAGAAGGGCCUGGAGCCGGUGGUCGAGAAGUCCGAGGUUCGGCGGGUGUAUGUGAUCAGCGACAACCCGGAGAAGGAUCUUCAGGCCGUGCUGGAUUUCAAGCCGGAGGGCGGGACGGAAUACAUCCCCAUCCUGGUGCGGUCGGGGGCUUGGACCGGCACGACAAAGGAGCUGGAGCGCAAGCCGGCCGCGGUUGUGGACGACGCGCUGGAUGCUGUCGUUUGGGCCAUGCGGAACGAAGGAGUCGAUGCCCACCGUGAGAUCCUCGACGUGCCCAGACACCUCAUGGGCCUGGUGGGCGUGGGUGAGGUGGUCAGAGAGGAGGUGAUGGCGGAGCGAUUACGCUUGAAGAGGGAGUAA